AGGGAAGGCGGCACCGCCGGAUAUCCGCGGCCCGCUCCGUGGGCACACGUGUGUCCGGCACAAUGUGGGGCUCAGGGGAGCAGGAGGGAGGCGCAGGGCUCACAAACGCGCGGCCGAGCUGGGCGCCGGGGACUGCGGCGCGUCGGGCCCGGGCGCUCUCGGGCGGAGCGGCAGUGCGGGGAGCGGCCGGAGCUCUGAGGGCGGCGCACACCGGCCCGGCCCGCCCGCCCUGAGCCCGCGGCCGGCGGCGGGGGCAGGCCCCGCGGAGGGUCCGGGGGGCUCCGAGAGGCCCAGAGUGGGCCGCGAGAUCCCGUUGGGGGUGCCGGCCCGGGUGGGGCUGCUCCCAGAGCCCACACGAGGCCCGUGACCGGAGGUGGGCGGCGCGGUGAGGUCGCUUCCUCCGGCGGCGGCGCGACGAGCCCGGCCUGGAGCAGGAAUGUGUCCCUGUGCUGUGCUGAUUUAUGGUAUAAAUGAACUGUUACACAGCACACCUCCAAUGUAAAGCCAGGUCGGAUCUCCUGUGAGAGGGGAGGAGGCCUCAGAAAACACAGUUUUGGAAUCAGUUUUGGAGCAGAAGAGACCCAACACAUUUUCAAGGUCCUGCACUUCCCUGAGACUCCUCUUGCAGAGAAGCAACAAGUGAUGAGCAAUGAGUUUGGGGAUUGUCAUCUCAAGAUGGAUGAGGAUCAGAAGAGCAUGGAGAAAGACAUGACCCCUGAUGUUGUGGAAGUACAGCCAAGCAAGGGGCAGGCUGCAGAUGGUGUGAAACAGUCUGACCCAAUCCCUGAGGCAAAGCCAGAGUUGUUCACAUCAUCUGGCAGCAGCUUCCGAUUUGAUUUUACACUUUCCAAGAUCAACCCAGAAGCUGACCCUGGUGACAGUGGUGCUGAGCAGUUACAAAACAAUGUCAGAGCCACCAAGCAGGAGAACUGGAAUGGCCCCUUGAGGUUUGCUGCCUCUGCACAGGAACCCAAGUUUGCUUUCAACUUUGCCAUCCCAGAUGAAGACUGUCCUCAUCUUCAGUUACUUCCAGCGAGCCAACAUACAGAGCACACAGCAGAUUCUUCACUGCCUGCUAAAUCAGCAGCUCUGCCACAGGCUGCAGCCUUGCAGAAGCCUGAGGUGACUCAACUGACAAGGAAUACACCCAAAGAGGAUAGAAGCCAUGUCACAUCAAAGAUCCCCCAAACAGAGACAGCCCCUGCAGAUGAGGCAAUGACAGCGAAAUCAACAGGAGGUGGAGCUGCCCAGAAGAAGAAAAAGAAGAAACAAAAAGCACCUGUCAGUAAAAACAAAACAGAAGAAACUGCGACCAACAGGAAGGCAAAGGCAGAAGCUAACAGCUGUCAAAAUACAGAUACUUCCCAUCAAGAUGAGAAGACCUCUCAGCAGUCAGAUGAGCAGCUGUGGAAAGAGGUGGACUGGUGUGUGAACCAGCUGGAACUCGGCUUGAAGACACAGAAACCCACUCCAAAGCAGGCUGAGGAGGCUCUCAGGGCAAUCAGGACACUGCGCAGUGACAAGGCUCCGCUGGUGAAGAAGCGUCAGCUCAUGAGAGCCAUGUUUGGAGACUACAGGAAGAAGAUGCAGGAGGAGCUGUGCAGAGAGCUGAAGCUUAUGGAAAUAGCUGCAAAAUCUGCCAGGAUUGUGGAGUUGAAGGGAAGCAUCCGCAAGAAGAAUGGCCACUUCAUCCGGAAGUGCUUGGGAGCUUGCAGGAAAAGCCAAAGUUCAGCAGAAUCUCCUUCAGAGUCACACAGGACACUUAACACAGGCUUAUUCAAUUUCACAACUCCCCAAGAAUUUCACUUUAAUUUCUUCUAGGAAAGUCACUUUGACUAAAACUGUGCCAGAUCUCCUGUAAACUGAAGAACGGUGGAAAGGUGCUGUGCAGUAGGAAAUGUCUUGUGUGAAUCUCUGUAUCUUCUUCCAGGGUGCCUUAUCUAGAAGUUUAAACCAGAUCUGCCUACUAUGCAUAUGACCCCAAAAUUCAGCGUAUAUAAGUGUUCCUCUGUGCUCCCACUGGAGAGAGGCACCUUUGAAAGGGUCAGCAGUGUGGAAGGAUCUGUUUUCUUUCCUGUAGAACUGACAUUAACUGUAGAAUCUGUCUUCUAUACCAUGAGAUUUUCCCUUUCUCCCGUUGCUUUUAAAUAGAGCAGAGCCCUUCUAGUAGCUGAGGUGGCAGUGCAUACAGCAUGGAAUGGUUUGGAAUCAAGAGCCAGAGCAGUGGAUAGCUGAGUGGUUCCACUCCCCGAGUCUAUCUGAAUGCAGCUUCUGGCAUCCAGCAAAUACCAGCAGUGUGUCAUCCCUGACAUGGAGGAGCACAAGCUCAGGGUCACUGGGGAAAAGUGAGUGAGGCCCAUUUUUGCUCAUUCAUCUCUUUCACUGACAGGUACAGACCUAGAAUAAAACUGCACAUUAUGAUUUAAUCCAGCCUAGAGAUGUAAGGACAGUUGUUUCCAGGAAAACAGGGAAAAUUUUUGUUGCUGAAGCCAGGUUCUGGACAGCUAGGAAAGAUGUACAAUCAACUCUUAAAUAAAGUUUACUUUAUUAGUAGCUCAGUUACAACCACUAGUGCCUCAGAGGGAAAAUUAGCUGCAUGCCAGCCUGGGUGGUGGUAAAACAAACUGUCACAGCCCAAAGACUCUCUUCCAUUUGGUUUGUAUUGAAUUUUGGCUUUUUGAAUGUGUGUCUCCAGUCAAUAAAGCUUGAGUCAUUGAACCCAUCUCUUGAGUUCAUGCAGAAGAUCUUCCCACCAAGCAUAUAAAAUGCUGAAGGAAGAGAAGUGCUGUGAAAGGCUACAUGGUAUCAGUGUCCCUAGGGAGCAGUGCUUUCCUGCCUUUUAUGGUCCAGUCAGCCUGUGUGAAAAGUGGGAAAUGGGAGUGUAGCCAGAUUCCAGGGAGUGCUGAAAGAUGGUGAAAAACAUUGGCGUGAAAGACUAAAAACCUGAUUGUGGCUCUAAAAAAUUAAUUUUAUUACUAAGCUCUGAUGGCAGGCAGUUGCAUCUGCAAUACUUUGUUAUUUCUUUUAAAUUUUAAAUAUUUUAAAAUAAUAUUUUAAAGAAUUCUUGUCUGGGCAAUAAGAAGAAACUGAACCUGGGUAACAUAUGAUGAGGAGAAACAGGUAACAUAUAUGAUGAAGAGAAACAUGGAGAAGUGAAUUUGUCUUUUGGAAGUCAAUAGAUGAAAACCGGAAAUUGAGGUCAGCACACUUUAUUUGCCAAGGAGCACUGCUGUUACUUUGAAUGUA